AUGUGUGUUCAGGAAGAAGAAAGGCUUGUAAUGGAGAUGGGUGAGAGUGCAUUGCUGACAAUUGCUUAUGGGAAGAACAAAGAAACUAAGUCUCAAGCUAAUCAGAAGGGGAAUGGUAAAAUACCACCUCAAGCUGAUAUUAAGAAGGUGGCAAAGUGUUUCUUUUGCAAGAAGAAGGGACACAUGAAGAAGACUUGCCCCGAAUUCCAGAAAUGGCUUGAGAAGAAAGGUAAGCAGACCAACAUGUCUAAGAAAGGUACUAACAGGAGUUCAAACAUAUUAGAAAUAAUUCAUACUGAUAUUUGUUGUCCAGAUAUGAAUGCACGUAGUUAG